UCCGACGUGGGAAACGGUACCAUACGUUAGAUCUGUGACUGAGAUGAAUCACCUGUUGUUUGUGGUCCUCCUGGUUGUACCGUGCUAUGGCUACGACCCGGCAGAUUUUAUCCAUGCUUUCGGUGCCACUAAUUACGGGUUCUGGGGUGCCACUGAAGCAUGCAAAAAUGGGUCUUAUGCAUACGGAUUCCAGUUGAAGAUAGAGGCCGAACAGGGCGUCCUCACGGAUGACACGAGCGUCAACGCCAUCAAGCUCUUCUGUCGUGACCUUGCCGGACAUGACACGGGCGAGGUCACGUCUUCUGUCAUGAAUUUCGGCGCCUGGAACGCUCCUCUGACCUGUCAUGAUGACACUUUUCUCCGUGGAUAUAUGUUGAAGAGCGAUGGCACUUCCUCGGACAUCACGGCCGCCAACGCCCUCAAGAUGUGGUGCUCGGGAUCCGCUGACGAAGAACUGUACGCCCCGGGGAAUAAGUGGGGUGCGUGGCUAGACAGGGCGGACUGUCAGGAGGGGAGGGCCAUCUGCGGCCUCUCCACCCUCGUCCAGGAGAGCCAGGGCUCCUUCGGGGAUGAUACGGCCCUCAAUGACGUCAGGUUCCUCUGCUGUGACCUUUGAGAUUAUGACCCUUGACGAGUCUCUUUCGCUUUCCCCUUUCCUUUCUCUGCUCUCUCUCUCUCUCUAUCUAUCUAUCUAUCUCUAUCUAUCUAGCUAUCUCUAUCUAUUUAUCCAUUUCUCUCUCCAUCUAUCUAUCAUUGUAUAGCUCUCUCUCUUCCUCUCUCUUUCUUACUACUUCGCUACCAAAAGAAUGUUUUUACUCUUUAAAUUUCCUUUUCAAUCACUUGCACAUUAUUUUUUUCUAGAUCUAUCACCUUAUCUUCUCCCAACGUUCCUAAAAAGACGGAAAAAAUGCAAAAUUAUUUCAUUCUUUUUUAGAUGGGUAUCAAAAUGUGACAAACGUAUGUGUAAUAAAUUUCUAAUCAGCAAA